UGCAAUACACAAUACCCCUUUCAAGUCUUGGAGUGGUUAAAGAAGGUUUCAGAAUGAAUUGCACAUUCUGCUACAGUCAGGCAAUUCUGCCUGCACGUCAUUAAACUUCAGCAAAAUAGUGUGUGACUAACAAUAGAUGCUUCUGCUCUCCCGAGAGCAUUUCCACUUGGUGGGUAUGCAGUCACUUAAGAAAAAAGUCAGGUAUACUUAAAUAUAUCUACUGUCAUAGGAUCUGAGUCCUAGUUACAAAUCCCAAUCUGCUAGAGUAUUUUGAGCAGCAGAGAACAACGCAAGUGUCCUAGUCCUUAACUAACCAAAAAUGAGAAUUCAUUGGGGUGGGGGCAAAAAGCCUUAAGAACAUGCCAUCUGAAUUCAGUUUCUCCUCCACCUCCCAUUCCUGCCUCCCAAUAGGCCCCAGCCCAGAUGUGAUCAUUUUCAUGUGAAUAGUUUUGAAGUAAAUGUUCCAUACAUUUAGGGCUCUGUUUUGUCCCAUAUACUGUGUCCCAUAUACUAUGUGUAUGAAAUCCUGGGGGGAGGUCAUGUGACAAGUUGGGGCUGGGUCUCCUAAUUGUGUUAAGUAAAGCCAGCUCAAUCACUCUUUUUCAACUGUUGCAAAUGAGGCUGUGGAAGUCCUGAACCAAUGUCUGGUGCAGUGAAUUGGGUGAGGGUUAAACUGAUGCUCAGUCCAAACCAGACAGAAGUACUGUCGGUCACUAGACAAGAAGAACACCUUUGCCAGCCUUGGUAUUCCAGUUGUGCCCCUUCUUGGAGAAGGGUUCUGGUAUGAUUAAAGCUGGCUUUGCAGGUGAUCAAAUACCCAAGUACUGUUUUCCAAACUAUGUGGGCAGACCGAAGCACGUUCGUGUUAUGGCUGGAGCUCUGGAGGGUGACAUCUUCAUUGGACCAAAAGCAGAGGAGCACAGAGGCCUUCUUUCCAUACGCUACCCUAUGGAACAUGGCAUAGUGAAGGACUGGAAUGAUAUGGAACGCAUCUGGCAGUAUGUGUACUCAAAAGACCAGCUCCAGACUUUCUCUGAAGAGCAUCCUGUGCUCUUGACGGAGGCUCCACUGAAUCCACGUAAGAAUCGUGAACGAGCAGCUGAAGUUUUCUUUGAGACCUUUAAUGUGCCAGCCCUGUUCAUCUCCAUGCAAGCUGUGCUUAGCCUUUAUGCCACAGGACGAACUACAGGAGUGGUGUUGGACUCUGGGGAUGGGGUCACCCAUGCAGUUCCUAUAUACGAAGGCUUUGCCAUGCCCCAUUCCAUCAUGCGGAUUGACAUUGCCGGCCGGGACGUCUCUCGGUUCCUUCGCCUGUAUCUCCGGAAGGAAGGCUAUGACUUUCAUACAUCAUCUGAGUUUGAGAUCGUCAAAACCAUAAAAGAGCGGGCCUGCUACUUGUCAAUAAACCCACAAAAGGAUGAGACAUUAGAAACUGAAAAAGCUCAGUACUACCUUCCGGAUGGAAGCACCAUUGAGAUUGGCCCUGCCCGAUUCCGAGCCCCUGAAUUGCUUUUCCGGCCAGACCUGAUUGGGGAGGAGUGCGAGGGGCUACAUGAAGUGCUGGUUUUUGCAAUCCAGAAGUCUGAUAUGGACUUGAGACGAACGCUCUUCUCCAACAUUGUGCUCUCUGGAGGUUCAACACUCUUCAAAGGUUUUGGUGACAGGCUUCUGAGCGAGGUGAAGAAACUGGCCCCCAAGGAUGUCAAAAUCAGGAUAUCUGCUCCUCAGGAGAGGUUAUAUUCUACCUGGAUCGGAGGCUCUAUCCUGGCUUCCCUGGAUACAUUUAAGAAAAUGUGGGUUUCCAAGAAAGAAUAUGAGGAAGACAGUUCCCGGGCAAUCCACCGAAAAACAUUCUAAGCCAGGAGUGUUCUGGGGUCUCUUUGUGGACUCAUUCUUGUUCUCAACUCGCUUUUCUGAGUGUCUGAGGAGCUCCCUGUUUGUAUGUGUGUGCGUGUAUGGGUCGAUGGGUGCUGCCAUGCCAUGGACUUUCUUUAGCAGAGCAAAAAGGAAGGCCAAGGCUUUGACUUAAUUUUUGAUCGAUCUUGUGGGAGGAAGGCGAGAAAUAGGAAUAGAAAUGUUUUGAAGGAUCUGUUUCUUUUUCAGUUGGCCCAUGAACUUAUGGGAGUACAUUUGUGUCAUGAAAAUUAAAUAGUAUGGGUAAGAAACUGAGCAGCUUAGCAAGGUGGAAAUAAGAGUGCAGUAAACCAGCCAGUGCUUGGGCUCCCAGUGGAUGGUCUGAGUUGGAACAUGGGCCAGGUUGAAGUCUGUCAUGGAACCUCUGUGCACAGAAGCUGACUUUAUCUAGUGCUUCCCAGUUGCUCAGCAAUUUUGUAGAUGGCCGAUUCAUUGCUUCCCUCCCUUACUGGUAUUUUUUAACAAUACACAACAGAGAAUAAGCACAUUCUGAGCUGUUACAAACCCGUUUACUGCAGUGUGUAUGUGUGCAUGAGAAUUUGGACCACAACGGGACAGUUGGAGCAAUUAAUUUUAGGAAAUAGUUUGUAAUGCAUGGUGUAGAACAGAAUCACCCUUCCUUUGUUCUCUUCUAGAUAGUCCUUGUCUUGGCAUCCUGUAGUGAGACAGUCACCUACCCUGCAGCCAAGUGUCUAGGGGACUCCAUAGUGUAUCAUGGCCUAGUCUCUUCUCCCUCUGUCCCCAUUCUAAUCUCUCAUGUAAUCUAAGGGUUUACAUUAUUAAUUCUUUCUUAAAGGGUUUAUGUCCAUGUCACAACCCUUUGCACAAGGAGCUCUUCAGCCAUGCUUGCUGGGAAACUAUGUAAUUGUUUUAGCAUUAUUUUAUUUAUUGACAAGUUUUAGUGGUAGCUAAACUACUAACUGGCCCCAGGGUUAGUUCCCCCCACACUCUCUGUCCUGCUAUAUGAUAUUUCCAUUGUUUAACACUAGCACUGACAUUUAAACAACAUACUUGCUUAGUACUGUUGGGUUAGCCCCACUCAAAAAUACCCUGUUCCAUUUGGAGUGAAUGUUUCCAUGAAUGCAGCCCUUAAGGGAACAAUAAACUAACCUCUAGAGGGAGGGAGGUUGGUUAUAAUUCCAGGGUUGUGUUAACCCCUUCGGCUGCUUCUGUUCUGUUACAGGAAGGAAAAAAUCAUCUGCUUUGAAUUUUGUUUUGUUGUUUUUAAAAAUACGUAUUUUGGUGCUUAAUUUUUUAAUGCUGCUGCUGAAAACCAAAUAUUUUACAUGGUUGACUGCUUAAGUAUUAGGAGAUGAGACAGCAAGAAAUGAGCCUUGUUUACCAGUAGCCAACCCAGACUCAAGCUAUCCAAGGAAGUGGUGGCAAAAUGUAGUCCUGUUUGCUACUGUCGGUGUAUUUUGAAUGUGGUGCACUUGAAUUUUCUUUGCAACUCUUUGUUUUGCCUUUAGGUCAUCAGUAUUCUCAGAAUAUGACUUUGGGACUGAAGUAGGCAAUUUGGCAUUCUGGCAGCAUUCUACCUAUUUCAGGGUUUACAAUAUCAGGAGUCAAGUUCAGCCUUAAGGAGGUAAAAUAUCAUAUAGCUCUUCCUGUAGAAUGGUAAUAGAAUACAGUGCAUUAUUAUGUAUUACCUAACAUCCCUACAGUGUUUGGAAAAAAAUAACAGCCAGUAUAAAAUCUUGCAAAUAAACACUCAGGCUGUGUGAUAGAAUACCUGGCUUGUGCUUGGGAGACAAAAGAGGCAUAUCUGAGGUAUAUAAAUGAAGAGCAAUAUGCUUAUACCCUGCUCCAUUUAGGAUUUAUGCCUCUUCAUGGACCUUUCUUGCCCUCUUCCUGCAAGGGGGAUGCCCUCAGACAGAGUGGUAAUUGUUCCAUUGAUGAGCACCAGUUGGGAUCUCAGCAAUAUUUCCUUUUCUUUAGUUCUAAAUAAUGUGGCCCAGAGGCAAUGCAUUGUAAAGUUUCCUGGAAGCUGCAAUUUUGAUUUAGCAAUUGAAAGGUAGGACAGAGCAGUUUCUAAGUGUGCGGGAGGAAAUGAUUGGUCAAAACACUGAUAGUGGACAUGAAGGUACCCUGCAUUUACAAGAGCAUGACCUUUUGACAAAAUUGUGUUUCAUGCUAACAGUCAGGAGUGAAAAAUUCCUCUGCAUUUUUGCAUGACUUCUUGUAGUAAUUUUGCAAUGUACCUAUUAUGGGUUUGCUUAUCUCAGCUGUAUCUUGAGCUUCUAAGUCAGCUCGCACUGCCAGGAGAAUACACCCUCCUUUGUUGCUUUAGUAGCCUUCUCAUACAGCAGUUGCAUUAAUACCACUUGAUUGAAGAAAUCAUUUAGUUUUUUUCAUUUAAAGUGAAAAUAAGUUUCCCCUGAAAUUAACACCGUAUCUAACUGAUCUGAGUGAAGUCAGACCCAGCUUUGACUCACUGCAUCCCUGUUGGGACCAUUUAAAAUAUGAUCGCUUUGCUGAUUCCUUUUGAUUUGAACUGCCUCAGUUUUGAGCCCUGGCUGGAGCAAGUUUGCUUUUGCUGCUUUGGGAUCGGAUCUGAAUGGGAAAUCAGUGUGCUACCAGAUUCUUUACUUGGACCCUCAUUUUACAGUAGGUUGAGGCUCAAGUUGUUCUACAAAGAAUGAUAGGCCGAAGUACAGGACCAGAGAUAACCUGAGUGGUGGAUCAGUUAGCAAUGGGAGUAGUCCUGACUACUAGCUUCUCCAUUGGCAAGGCAGGGUAGCUGAGACAUUUUAUGGAGGACCUUCCACUAUAGAUAAGGGAAACUGGUUCAUAUUUCAUGCCUUAUAAAGAUGUUAUGUUUUGUUUGAGCUCACUCAUGUUUGAAAUGCAUGCCAACACUUGGCUACAGAUGCCUUGGUUCUUCCUUAAUUUCCACCUGUAGAGCUACUAGUCUCCCUUUAUAAUUGCUUGGAAACAAAGGAAACUUAAGGCACAAUCCUAUGCAUGUUUAGAAAGAAAGAAGCGCCACAGCACCCAGCAUUGCCCAGCCAGUUGCUGAUGGGGCAUGCUGGGAGUUGUGAGACUAUAUCCAUCUAAAUAUGCAUGGCAUUAUACACUUAAUUAUAGUUGCAGUCAUGGGGGAAUAGUUAACAAGGGUCAACGCAUGGCAGCUUGUACUGGUAGAGGGGGCAGCGAACAACUACUAGCUUAGUAUAGCCCAUUUCUACAGCACUACAGGAUGACAAGAAGGUCCAUGUGUAAAACAACAACUGUUAGCUCCUGUUCCCCAACCCUUCAAUUCCUCAUGACUUUUUCCUUGCUUUGAAAUCAGUUAUCAGAAGCAGCAGUGUUAUAUUUUGAAUCUGACAGGUGCUUUCUACAACCUAGUAUUGGUUCCAUCAGCCUGAUUCUAUUUUGCACAUAUGUGCAAGCCACAGCUGGGUGUUGCCCAAAGUACUUAAAUAAAGUUGUUAAUAUACAA